AUGACUUCACAUUCUAGCUCUAACCACUCAUCUGCAUCUCUUGUAUGCAAGUUGGUGUGCCAUUUAAUGAAAAAACCUUCCGAAUCUGUCAAAUCUGAAUAUCGAGAUGCUCUAUAUACCCUUAAUUGUUCGGCUACUAAAUGUGAAAAAGAUGAGCUUUCAACAUGUGAAAAAAUAAAAGCAAAAUUAAUUUCUCAGAAAAAAACAAAAGAUGCUAUGACUUUUGUAGAACUUCAUCGUAAAUUGCAAACCAGUGCAAUUUUAAAAAAUCGGACUAGCGUUUUGUACUUUUUGCACUCUUUACAGGAUUUUAAAAAUGAAGAAGUUAAUUAUUGUCAAGUUCCUAGAGGAUUAGAAUCCAAUGUAUCUUUGGACUCUGGAAUUACUUUAAAUGCCCACGAUGUUAUAAAUAAGCAGAUAAAUAAAUCUCAUAAUAAUGUAAUGUUGGGCGAUUUAUUCAUAAAGGCCCAAAGCAGAGACUUGUCCAGUGAUGUUCAAUUUCCGAGUGGUUAUAAGCAAUGUAAAAACCGUGAAAAUUUUGAUUACAUUCAAAAUAAAGUAUCCGGUGUUGAGUUUGCAGCGGAAAAAUAUGUUAAUGGCCAAUCUGGUGUAAAGCGAGAAAAGUUACAAGAAAAAGCUCUCAUUGUUCGAUCUAAUGAAUCCAAUUUAGGAUCAAUUUCACUUACUGUGCCAAACCUGCAGCGUCUUUUGCAUGACAUAUUGUAUGCUGUACAAGGCCUGAGAGGUGAUCUCAUAUCAUGGGAUCCCGAAAAGAAUAACUUUAAUGUAGUUUUCAGAGAAGACUUACCAAAUCCAGUUAAAAGGUUGACCUUACGUUUCAUGGAACUUGGUUGGAUGUAUUGUUGUAUUAAUCAAUACUGCAAAGUUCAGAGUUGUGAGAAAUCAUCUGGACUUAUUGCGCAAAGUUUUGUGUCUGCUUUAAAAUCGAAAUUAGUUGACUAUUAUAAACUGAUAGCUGAACUGGAAGCUUUUUUAUCGCAAGAGCAAGUUUUGGAUAAUUUAUAUAACGUUUCAAAUUCCCUUACUUUGCAUAGAUUGUCUGUGUGGUUUUUUGAACCUCAUAUUCAAUUAAAGGUUCUUGCCUCGGUGGUAGAUGCAUGUAAAGGAAAAAAAGGAGGAGCUCUAGCUUCAGUGUUAUUUUUGCAUGUGCAGCAUGGAAAUGAAAAUACCAAAAUGCUUAUUCAAGAUUUAUUAAAGGUUGUAACUAGACCCCUUGUUAAGAUGCUCAGUAACUGGAUUUAUUGUGGAGAAUUGGAAGAUGUUUUUGGUGAAUUUUUUGUCGCUACCAAUAUAGCAGUUCCGGAUUGUAGUUUAUGGCAAGAAAGAUAUAGCCUAAACAAAGCAAUGAUUCCAUCUUUUAUUACAAUGGAUCAAGCUAGAAAGAUACUAUCCACUGGAAAAGCUAUUAACUUUCUUCGUCGCGUGUGUCAAGACAAUUCCUUUGCUCGUGACGAAAAAAGACGUACAAAAUCGAUUGAACUGAUGAAUUCUGAAUCGUUAUUUUCACAAGAAAAAGAUUCUAACUUUGAAAGUAUUUUGGAAAAAAAUUACACAAAAACAAGUAAAAUAGUUUUACAAGUAUUGCAUGAAAAAUAUAACCUUAUGGAUCAUCUGCUUGCAAUGAGGAAUUAUUUUCUUCUUGGUCAAGGAGAUUUUAUUCGACAUUUAAUGGAUCUAUUGGAUGUAGAUUUAGCUAAACCAGGGAAUAGCUUAUAUAUUCACAAUCUGACAGGAAUCUUAGAAAGUGCCAUAAGAGCCACUAAUGCACAAUUUCAUAAUUCUGAAGUUCUUCAAAGGUUGGAUGUGAGACUUUUAGAAGUAUCGGUUGGAGAUACAGGAUGGGAUGUAUUUAGUCUGGAUUAUCACGUCGAUGGUCCAAUCAGCACUGUUUUCACUCCUCAUUGCAUGAACUCAUAUGCAAGACUUUUUACAACCCUUUGGAGAGCAAAGCGAAUGGAAUAUAUUCUGAGUAAAAUAUCCCAGUCACGUACUACUUACUUGAAACUUCAAGCGAAGAUUCCCGCUGUGACUUCAGUUCUUCAUCAGUGUCACAUAAUUUUGGCUCAAAUGGUUCAUUUUGUUCAGCAGAUGCAAUAUUAUAUGGCCUUUGAAGUAAUGGAGUGUUGUUGGGCAGAUUUACUUUUGAAAAUUUCAUCUGCUAAAGAUCUUGAUCAGGUGAUUAGUGCUCAUGAAAAUUUUCUUGAUACCUUAUUAACCAGAGCAUUACUUGAUGAAGAAUCAUUAAUAUUAAGGACACAUCUGAAAGCUAUUUAUGAUUUAAUAAUAGAAUUUGAUAAGCAUCAAUCACAGUUUUGGAGUGAAGUAAAAAUUGCUGCUGCAAAAAAGGAUGAAAAAGAAGAAAAUAUUCGAAUAAACACAGAGAAAAAUAAUUGGGGUUCUACUGAUGAGCAAAAAGCAGAAUUUGAUGUUCUUGUAGAACAUUUGAAAUGCAAAAGUAUUCCAACUGUUAGAGCAGAGCUCAGAAUUCUUUCUAACACUUAUGAGGAUACUGUUCAGAAAUUUUUGAUUAUGUUAAAUGAUCAAGAUGACCCUAAUCUGUGUUUCUUGAGCUUUCGUCUUGAUUUCAAUGAACAUUUCAAAAACAAAAAUUCACGUCUUCAAACAUCUCUAACUUAUCAACACCGUAGGAAGUCUAUAAAAUAAUGAUUAAAGUUCGAGUGUAGUGUAUGUAUGUAGGCAAUGAUUGUAAUGUGUCUCAUUCAGCCAGCAUAUUUUUAUUUAAUGCAUUUGUUUGUAAAUUCUGUGAAUUUUGCUUGAAGUUCAAUUUUUCUAAAGAUGUUUCUUUGAAACAACCAUGUACAGUGAAACCUCUCAGGAGCGACCACUCUCCGUUCCUGAAAAAAGUGGUCGUUAAUGGAGGUUGGUCGCUCUUAGAGGUCAUUAGGUCAUUUUUUAACAUGCAAAGGUAAUAUAGCACCUAUGGAAAUUAUUCAUAUUCUUCCUGCAGGGUAAUCAAAAGCAAUAGAAUAAGAACGUUUAAACAAAGAAACUUCUUUUUUUUAGAAAUUUUUAAUGUAAAAUAUACUUUUUAUAUGAUUUUUACAUUUAAACACUAUUUUUAGUAGCGUUAAAAUAUGUAAAGAGAUUUGGCUGCUUCAGGCUUUUAGUUUUCUCUGAAACAACUUUAGAUUCUAACUUAAGCUUUUAGCUGUAAAAAUAAAUUAUUAAUGUCCUCAUCAUUAAUGCAAUCUGAGUGCAACAUAAGAUUAUCUGUCUCUGUUAGAGUUUGUUGAGCCUUGGUCGUACAGCAUCCGUCAACCCCGCGUUUUCAUCACCUUCAUUAAAUGUAUAACAUCAAUACGUUUCUCUAGCGUGAGAUAAACUCGCUUUUUCGACAUUUUUACUGCGGUGUUGAUCAAAUGCAGAUCCAAUGCAACACUGAAACCAAUCCUUUAGCCAUUCGAAUAAGCUGUAGAUUUUGUUCACUCUAAUGACCUAGGAUUGGACCGUUCCAAUACCCCUCUCCUGUAGUAACCAAGAAAUUCCAAGAAGCAAUCCUUUAGAGAAUUUCUUUUCUUAUUAACCUUCCUCAAUGAUAGGGGACGCACGCCUGACUUGUCUGGUUAUAUACCUGUGCAACCUUUUAACUUCCCAAGGGUUCGAAAAACUACGCCCUCCUUUUUAUGACAUUUUUGAGGUUUAGAACAGGAGAAGGAACGUGUUGGAAACCACAGGGAGAAUAGAUUUUAAUCCCUUAUUCUGGUUUCCUUCCACUUUUGUUUACAGGAGAAGACUGAUAUGUGUGUAAACUAAAUGUUCUAUUGCUUUUCAUUUGUUGUCUGUCUCUUUUUUGGUUUCUAACAAAAAAUUCCUAGCAUUUGUUACAGCUGAAGUUUUUCAUAUGCCGGUCGUUGUGAGAGGUUUCGAUGGUCUUUCCCAGAGGUAUUUUAACAUUAGGUUUAUACGGGGGAAAAUCGGUGCCAUGGAAAAUUGGUCGUUAAUAGAGGUGGUCGUUCAUAGAGGUUUCACUGUAUAUGUUUUUAUGAGUGAUGCUGGGUUUUGUCCUAUUUACCUUAUUGUUUUUAACUAAAAUAUAAUUGAAUGUUUAAGUCAUGUUUUUAAAUAAAA